CAACAACGGUCGACUCUGCAAUGACACGCGCUGCUCAAAAUAAACAGGAUUAUUAAGAAUAGUUUUUUUUAGCCUUCAUUUUUAUUCAUUUAUAUUUCUGAACGACACGAUGGAAGAUGAGCUCAGGAAAGAGUCACCGAACGAAGAGCUGCGGAUCUGCACUCCGUCUCACCCCCUGCCUCUGGAAAUCCAGCAGAUGAAGCAGGAGGAGACGACCUGCCGUUACUGCGGCGUGAGCUACCUGAUCCUGCACGAGUUCCAGCGUCUGCAGGAGCGCCUCAGGGAGGUGGAGAGAGAGCUGGAGAGAGAGCGAGGGAGUGUGGAGAGAGAGAGAGAGAGCAGAGAGAAGCUACAGCGCUCACAGGUUCAGCUGGAGGGGAUCACAGCAGCCAAUCAGCUGUACAAGGACAGAGUGAUGGUUCUGACACUGCAGGUGUCCCAGGCAGACAGCAAGCUAGCAGAGUUGAGGACAGAGAACAAGAGGACGCGAGUGGAGCUGGAGAGCGAGCUUAAAUGCCGUCUGCAAAUCAGGUCAGUGUGUGAGCGACAGCGUGUUCUGCUGCAUGAUGCUGGGCCUGUGCUGCGAUGUGUUGCUGCAGAGCUGCGUGAGGUGAAAAAGGAUCUCUCUCUGCUCUCACAGGACUGGAACAUCAACACAGCACUGAUACUGCAGCACUGCUCUACUGCGUGUUCUGAACAUGACGUUCUGCAGCAGGAAGUGAACCUGGUGGAGGAGGAAGUGGUAAAGCUCCAGAAGGAGGUCAGGGAGCUUCAGGAACAUCUACAUAUGAGUCAGCUGGAGACACAGACACUAAAGAACCGCAUCCAGAAGCAGGAGUGUCUCCAGACCAGGAACCAGCAGGCGCUGAAACAGGAAGUGGAGAGCCUGCAAAACGAGCUGCAGAAAAGUCACAGUGAGCGGGAGGAGGUGGAGAGACUGCUGGAAAGCAAAAGAAAAGAGGAAGAGAGAAGAUGCUUACAGUUGCAGCAGCAGUGUGACGAGCAGAGUGCCACCUUACUGAGUCUGUCUCAAGACCUGAGGGAAAAGGAGGCGAGCUGGUUGUCAUGCCAACACAGAUGUGAGUCCCUGCAGCAGCAGCUGUUGACGUGGAAACGGAAGGAGGCGGAGACGAGGCAGGAACUGGAAGGAGCGACGAGGGAGGGUCAGAAGAUAAGAGACGAGAGGGAGGCGCUGAUACACACUCAGACAGAAGAGCUGCAGAAGGUGGAGGAAACGUACAGGAAAAGACUGGAGUUCUCUGAGGAACAGGGGUCAAAGUGGAGGAGAGAUGCUGCUCGAGAGCUCGAAAUUGAGAGACAGAGAAAUGAAAAGCUGAUUCAAAAGUACCAAACUGAAUACCAGCAUCUACAGGACAAGCUGCCCACUCUGGUGCAGUCUGCCACACAGGAGCUAAAGGAGGAGUUGUCAGCACUGGAGGUACAGCUGCAGAAGCGUGAAGAGGAGGUGAAGUGUGUGCGAAAGGAGGCCUCAGAGCGAGAGGAGCGACUCCUGAGAGAACAUCAAACAGAGGUGGAACAUCUCCAGCUCAAAGUACAGGAGCACCAACAGGAGGCGCUGGAGAUACAGCAAGCAUACAGAGACAUCCUACAGCUCAGACAGGAAAACUCUACUCUAAAUGAGGAGAACUGUGUGCUGCAGGAGACGGUGAGACGCGAGUGUGAGGAGCGAGCCGAGCUGACGGCCGCCCUGUCCCUGGCGAGAGAGCAGCUGCUGGGUGUCAGACAGACAGCGGUGAACUCCUCCAUCCCCCGCAGCUCUGCGUCAUCCUCCCUGCCCAGCCUGAGCGCGGGACACAGCCGUGACGCCGUCACUGUGGGCAGGAACACAGCAUCGUGGCACGGAAACUCUCGCCAGCUGCUGCCCUCCCUGCCCCGACUCGCCACAGAAAGACCUGCCCCGGUCAUCGAGGCACGCCAUCGCAUCAGCACAGUGACAGGCAGGAAGGACAAACGCUCCUGCUGAGGCGGAGGCUCUCACAGGAGACGAAAAGAGGAACGUGAGACUUCAUGGAGGUUACAGUAACUCCGCUUCAUCGUCCUCAGAGUAUUUAACUUCCAUUCAUAAACAUCGAUGAGGUCUCAUGU